CUCUCCAUCAUCCGUAUUUCUAAUUUUAGACAGCAGGCAAUAGAGUUGAAUAUCCUAUUGCAGAGAGAGGAUGGGUGCAGUAACAGUUCGGCCCAUGCUUGUUUUGUUUCUAUCUUGUCUAUAUCUAAGAUUCAUAUCUGAAGCUAGUGCUCAGCCAGACGUAAGCGUGUUCUGUGAUUACAACCAAGUGGGGAACUACACAUCAAAUAGCACCUAUGGAAACAACCUCAACACCCUUCUCACCACUCUUUCUUCCAACAAGGAAAUUGACUACGGUUUCUACAACAUGUCAUAUGGGCAAGAGCCAAACAGAGUGAACGCCAUUGGGAUGUGCAGGGGAGAUGUUGAGCCAGAGCAGUGCCGCAGUUGCCUCAACGACUCCAGAGGGAAUCUCACACGGCAAUGUCCAAAUCAGAAAGAGGCAAUUUUGUUCUAUGACAACUGCAUGUUGCGCUACUCCAACCGCACAAUAUUCGGCGUCAUGGAAACUGGUCCUGCUCUCUUCCUCUGGAAUGUGGAAAAUGCAACCAACAUAGAGCAGUUCAAUCAAGUGCUGGGUAACUUGCUAAAGAAUCUAACAGCAAGAGCUGCAUCAGGCGACUCUCGUCAUAAGUAUGCAACCCAGGAUACAACUGCCGCAAAUUUUCAAGCCAUAUAUAGUUUGCUUCAGUGCACGCCUGAUCUGUCUUCGCUAGACUGCAAUAACUGCUUAACUGGAGCUAUCACAGAUAUCCCAACUUAUUGUAAUGGCAGGAGAGGAUGCAGAGUUAUAAGACCCAGUUGUAAUGUUAGAUUUGAAAACUACCUCUUCUACAAAGUAGACCCUCAGCCACCGCCACCACCUCCUCCGCCCACCAAUCAUACUUCACAACAAGAAAGUAGCAACACAAUACGAAUUGUCAUUGCCGUAACUGUGCCCACUGUUACUGUUGUGGUUGUUGUUAUCCUCAUUGGUCUCUGCCGAUAUUUAAGGAGGCGGAAGACAAGGAAAAGUCUUGUAGUUAAAGAAGAAGAAGAAGAAAUUAAAAUUGCUGAGUCAUUACAAUUCAAACUGGACACAAUACGAGUUGCUACAGGGGACUUCUCUGAUUCAAAUAAACUUGGACAAGGUGGAUUUGGAGCUGUUUAUUGGGGUAAGCUCUCUAAUGAACAGAUGAUUGCUGUAAAACGGUUGUCAAGUGAUUCUGGGCAAGGAGAUACGGAAUUUAAGAAUGAAGUGCUUCUACUGGCCAAGCUGCAGCACCGAAAUUUAGUUAGACUACUUGGUUUCUGCUUGGAAGGAAGAGAAAGGCUACUUGUCUACGAAUUUGUUCCCAAUAAAAGUCUUGAUUAUUUCAUAUUUGAUCCAACCAUGAAAUCACAACUGGAUUGGGAAAUGCGCUAUAAAAUCAUUAGAGGUAUUGCUCGGGGUCUUAUUUACCUUCAUGAAGAUUCUCGACUUCGUAUUAUACAUCGUGAUCUUAAAGCAAGUAAUAUUCUCUUAGACGAAGAGAUGAAUCCUAAGAUAGCAGAUUUUGGUAUGGCAAGACUGGUUUUAGUGGAUCAAACUCAAGUAAAUACAAGGAGAAUUGUUGGAACUUAUGGAUAUAUGGCACCAGAAUAUGCGAUGCAUGGACAAUUUUCAGUGAAAUCCGAUGUUUUCAGUUUUGGUGUAUUGAUUCUUGAGAUUGUAAGCGGUCAUAAGAACAGUGGUAUUCGUAAUCAGGAGAGUUUUGAGGAUCUGCUAAGCUUCGCAUGGAAAAAUUGGAAGGAGGGGACAGCUUUAAAUAUUGUAGAUCCAUCAUUAAACAACAAUUCCCGAAAUGAAAUGAUGAGAAGCAUUCAUAUUGGUUUACUCUGUGUUCAAGAAAAUUCAUCUGACAGACCAACCAUGGCUACUAUUAUGCUCAUGCUUAAUAGCUAUUCUCUCAGCCUCCCAAUUCCUACCGAACCUGCAUUUUAUAUAAACAGUAGAACUAGAAGCCUUCCAAGCAUGCAGUCAUGGGAGUAUAAUUCAAGAGAAACAGGAUCAAGUGAACCGAUUCUUAAAUCAACUCAAGAAUCACUAAAUGAAGCUUCAAUUACUGAGCUAUACCCUCGCUAGAUUUUGGUCAUGAAGGUGAGAUUCAUUCAUCAUCAUCAUUGCUUUCAGUCUUAAACCAAAAUAAAACGUCUUGGAAGUCAUGUAUUUUGUUCUUGCAAUGUCUUGUUUAAAUAAAUUAUGCAUCGUUUUUGUUUAAACUGAGACUGAAACCUGUGAUAUGACCUUCAUUAGUUUGUUUUGAAGUGUAUUUUAUCAUUGUUAUGGCUAUUCUAUUAGUUGUUGUAUUUAUA